CAUUGAUUUUGUCUGCUGUGAUGCGGUCCCGGGCUUGAGGAGUUGUAGAAGUAGCGGAUUUAAAAACUUUCUGUUCGUCGAAAUAGCACUUGAUGAAGAGUCCCCUGCCCUCCAAAAGAGAAAAAUAUGGCUUUUUAAACUGUGACUGAGUCCCUUCCUCUUCGUCAAGCUCCGCGUCUUUAGCAGACUACUCAGAAACUAUGGGGUCUUCAGGAGUUCCCACAACUCUUUCAUCCAGCCAGCGUACACUUUGUGCUUUUGAACAAUUUAAUCGAAGCAGGCGACACAAUGGCGGCAUCGAUCCUUCGCAGGAAAAUUCCUCCCAUUUCCACAGGCGAGCUCUGCGCUCCCCCACACCGACAGGCUAGCCGUAGCCAAUCACGGCCCAGGACGGGGGCGGAGCCAGCGGAGAGGCAGCACUUAAUUGGUGAUGGUCACUCAGAUUGGAUGACGGAAAAAGUUGAUUUGUCUUCAUUUGUGUCGACGACCGAGUCUUCUCCCAGCUCAUCCCUUCCACCCUCGCCGUUAGAACAAGAUGUCAAGGUGCCCUCGGAUCUGGAGGUCAUGACCUCUCUACUGCAGGAGGAGCUGGCUCAGCUGGAGGACUACUUCCGCUCCGAGUCCACAUCCACGACGAACAAGUUGGAGAAAUCCUCAAAAUGUGACAAGGGUGCCCAAGCCAUGGGCUCCCAGUCUUAUUAUCAGUUACCCUAUGGCUCAUAUGGGACCAGCCAAUCAGAAACCAGCCCUGUGGUUGUUACCUUGGCAACAGGGGAACUGGACCUGGCCAGCUUCUGUGGCGGUCCCAUCAGCAGAACCAAAAUUGCGCGACCUGCUCCGUACAACUACCACCACCGCUACCACCACAACAACGGGCGAAGAAUCAUCAGCGAGGCGGUGAAAGUCGGGGAGGAAGUUGGACUUGAUACGUGGGGCUCCAGGGGAAGUUACUCAGGAAGCACAGAGUUGUCUGUGAACCACUACUCCACGCUGAAGACGGUGAGCAAGAGCAGCCUCGGGAGCGUCAAGAAGGUGAGAGAAUGUGCUUUAUCGUUGAAAGAAGAGGAGAGCUAUUGUUUUUCAGAAGGAAUGUUUUGCAGCGAAGAGAUUGCUCGAGGUUUUUGUCUGGGUGGCUCGUACGACGGCCACCACAAGCGAGAGGGACAGUUGAUGCACAACGUGAAGGUCAAUGUAAGUUACGACAGCGCUGGGCUCGAGGUCUUGCACUGCAGCAAAGAUGGAGGACUUUCCGGAAGUAUUCCCCAAGAGACAAUGGUGGCCAGCGACGGCUACUUCCACCAGUCCAUGGCCGGCACAGAGCCUUACCAUAGCUUUAUAGGUGACCUCGAUCAGCCGUCACAAGCACAGGCUGUAGAGCCCCCAAAUGGCCACUACCUCUAUCCAGAAUGCCUUGCAGACCAAAGCUAUGAAUGUCUGUCCAGAGGGGAGGGCGAGGGGAUGCUGCUGGGCGCCCCCAUCCACCGCCCCACCCAGAGGCUAAAGGAUGAGCCCUGCUCUGUCAAACCAGCUCUGGUGAUGGGUGCCGCUUCUCUGGAGACGGGCACCGGAGAGAGGAAGCAGAAGAAGAGAGACCAGAACAAAACUGCUGCUCACAGGUACAGGCUGCGUAAGAGGGCGGAGCUGGACUCUCUGGAGGAGGAGCUGCAUGGCCUCGAGGGGCAGAACCGGGAGCUUCGUGACAAGGCGGAGUCGGUGGAACGAGAAAUCCAGUACGUCAAAGAUUUACUGAUCGAGGUCUACAAGGCUCGCAGUCAGCGGCUCAAACAGGACGGCAGUGCCUAAAAAAAUAAAUAAAAAUAAACGCCCACGCUGACCUCACCUCGAAACCUCCCAACCAGACCAGCACCAAGAGAAAAAAAAUCAAAGCACCAACUGGUUUUUGUCUCACAAAAAUGAAAUGGUAGUUGCAUGAUUUUGGUAGUUCUUUUCUAAAAAGAAAAAAAAAAUCUCUAUAUAUAAUUGUUCCGAGAGGAUGGCCGAACAAAAACACACCUUUCCUUAAAAAAAAAAAAAAAACAAAGAGAAGGAGUUUCCAAACGUGUGACUAAACUAUAACAAGCCUUAGCGAGGUGGCUUCCAGAGGAGAUGCUGAACUUUGUCCGUGACCACUGUGAUCCGAACUGCACUCACAGCCUUGUGAUGACUGACUUUGUGCUUGCAAAAUGGAUUGAUCGUUUACAAAAAUGCUCUUUGAAUUAGUAGGUAGUGACUGAAUUUGCUCGUGUUUUUUUUGUGACACACAUUGGCAGCAUCGAGGCAGAUCCAUAUUAAAAUAUAUAUUUUAUUUUAUAUUUUAUUUUUACUUAACAAUGUUCAUUUAUCAUUUUGCUUCAAACAAUCAACAAAUAAAGGGAUUACUGGACAAAGUGUGUAACAUGCUCUACAAAUAUUCAUUAUCAGAAACAUUUAUAAGAUUUGUAUUGCUAAAGUGUCGAGUAUUUACACUUUCUUUACCCUCACUGAAAUACCCAAUGCAUGUUUGAUUUUGGAAAAAAAGCAUGUGCGAGUGUUAUUUGAAGGCAAUAUUCUGUUAACUGCAUGGCUUCAAGAUCUCCACCGUGUCAAUUUCACUGAGUUGACUUUAUUCUUCUCAUCAGCUGGCGACUUUUCUCUGACCCCCUCCUCUGCUCCACAGUGCCAUUGUGCUCCAUGCUCAGGUUUUGUUUAUUUUCCGCUCUGAGAAACAUUCAGAAACAUUCACUGGCUUACUUUCCUUUUUCUCCUUCUUCCACUCCCCCCCUCCCUCUCCCUCUCUCUCUCUCUCUUCUCGGCUGUAUUUUGCGAACAAACAAUCACCUGUUGACGCAACAAUAAAUCGUUGUUGGGUAACGGUACGACUUCAUUUUGUUUUCAAUUGAUCAACUUGAUGUAUCUGAAAUUCAGGUGCUUUUAAUAAAUCGAUGUCAAUGUCAGGAAAUUCUACAUCAGGUAAAUUACAGCCAAAUAAAACCACUUAUGUAGUAUCAUUGAUCUCUGCCUUUGGACUGUUUUUCACUGCAUGUUGACAUUAAAGACGCCUCCAGAGAAGAAGAAGAGGGUGGGAUUAAGAGAUAGAGAGAGACACCCCUCCCAUCUGUUCUGGUGCUCUGCCCCAUAACUGAUGGUCCCAACCCUCCUUUUUUUUCAUGCUUUCUUAUUUUUGGCUGCAAUGCGGUCAAGUUAUUUCCCAGGAUUCACCACUGGACGGCAGCACAUCAAGGGGCAACUCUUUGAUUGACACCUGACCGUUGUGCAACAAAACAGACCUGUUCCCCUUCAGAUUUACAAGCUACGAUUGAGUCAUCUCGUCCAAACACCCGCAGAAUAAAGAAAGGUGUUUAUUGAAAUACUGAUGCGCACUUCACGUGUGAUUUUCUACAAUAUUACGAUGAAGCCAUAAGCUCCCCAAGGGGGAGGGAAGACCGGAGUGGUAUCAAGCUCCGGCAGUCAACAAACAGAAGUUGCCUAUCUCAUCUCCCAGCUCGUGGAGGGUGUGUGUGUGCGUGUGCGUGUAUGAAAUCUCUUGGUAUCUCUCCGAGCAGUCGUAGGCCUUUCAAGUGCAUGAGGCAAUAUCACACAAUAGUUGCAGGAGGAGGAGCGAGAUGCAAGUGAACUAUCAGAAUAAAAAAGUAGUGGGUUGACAGAGAAUGCUGUUAAAAUGUAUCGAUUCAAGUCUCCAUCUGUUUGUUGUCUGCUUCGCACAGAUGAAAUGUAAAAAUGUACUAAUGCUGAUCCAAGAUUUAUAAUCUGAUUUUACAGUGUGUUCAAUAAAGUUCUUCACUACAA